AUGCCCUUAUUCAGUCAUAUGAUUCACAGUUCAGCCUGCUCAGCCCCAAUAAAUGCUUUCUUCUUCAGGCUUCAAAGCCUUUUCGUUAGCAAUCCCUUCACACCGCCCUCCUCACUCCUCAUCAAGCAAUGGAUGGUAGUAGUGCUGUCAAGUCAAGAGUUCAGACCGUCGAAUGAAUUGAGGCCUGGUGGGAGGACUUGUGUUACGAUGCAGCUGGCACCUUUGAGGUCUCGUUGCAGAGGGGGCAAGAGUGUUACUGUAACACUUGGAACAAAAAUCUUGGCUGGUCUGUCUAUUCAAACCAGUACUCGAGAGAAGGGACUCAAAGUUGGUAUGUGCCGCUUUAUCCUUCCUUCCAAAGGAACAUUGAACGAAGGGCUCAUCUAUAGAAAGCAAGCUAUAGCUAUGGGAAUAAGUCAUGUCCUAAGCCUAAGGUUUUGGGCACCGUAG